CGCCCGCCGCGCGCCAUGUCGGGUUCCCCAGUGAAGCGCCAGAGGAUGGAGUCGGCGCUGGAGCAGCUGAAGCAGUUCACCACCGUGGUGGCCGACACCGGCGACUUCCAGGGUGAGGCGGCGCCCGCGCAUCGCGGCCGAGGGUCGGUGCCGCCGCCUGGGUGCGGGUCCCGGGGAUCGCGGGCCUGGUUCGGAGCCGCCCUCGCCCGCCCGUCCGGUCCCGCCUCGGCAGCCAUCGACGAGUACAAGCCCCAGGAUGCCACCACAAACCCCUCGCUGAUCCUGGCUGCCGCUCAGAUGCCCGCCUACCAGGACCUGGUGGAGGAGGCCAUGGCCUACGGCAAGAAGCUGGGCGGACCACAAGAGGAACAGAUUAAGAAUGCUAUUGAUAAACUUUACGUGUUAUUUGGAGCAGAAAUACUAAAGAAAAUCCCUGGGCGUGUGUCCACAGAAGUUGAUGCCCGGCUCUCCUUUGACAAGGACGGGAUGGUGGCACGGGCCCGACGCCUCAUCGAGCUCUACAAAGAGGCUGGCAUCAGCAAGGACCGAAUCCUUAUAAAGCUGUCGUCCACGUGGGAAGGGAUCCAGGCUGGGAAGGAGCUCGAGGAGCAGCACGGCAUCCACUGCAACAUGACGCUGCUCUUCUCCUUCGCCCAGGCCGUGGCCUGCGCCGAGGCGGGCGUGACGCUCAUCUCCCCCUUCGUGGGGCGCAUCCUGGACUGGCACGUGGCAAACACCGACAAGAAGGUGUAUGAGCCCCUGGAGGACCCCGGGGUGAAGAGCGUCACCAAAAUCUACAACUACUACAAGAAGUUCGGCUACAAGACCAUCGUCAUGGGUGCCUCAUUCCGCAACACGGGUGAGAUCAAGGCGCUGGCCGGCUGUGACUUCCUCACCAUCGCGCCCAAGCUCCUCGGGGAGCUCCUCAGGGACGGCUCCAGUCUCUCCCCGGCGCUCUCGGCCAAGGCGGCCCAGGCCAGCGACCUGGAGAGGGUGCACCUGGACGAGAAGGCCUUCCGCUGGCUGCACAACGAGGACCAGAUGGCCGUGGAGAAGCUCUCGGACGGGAUCCGCAAGUUCGCCGCGGACGCCGUGAAGCUGGAGCGGAUGCUGGAGGAGCGGAUGUUCAGCGCCGAGAACGGGAAGUAGCGCCAUGGGCACCGUGCCCCCGGUCGGGUCUGGCCACCCUUGCUUCACAGUGAACCCUGCAUUUUGUACCAAUCGGAAGAGGAACAGAUCACAGAUUUCUGAUUUUUAUGUAAAAUUUUGCCUAACACAUUAAAGCACUUUCCUGGGCUACGUUUCAA